AAAAAAUGAUGAUCCGAACGAGGCCCAAUAAACUCGCAAAAUAAUCAUACUCAAAAGUCAAAACCCUAAAAACAAAUGCCCUCCUGCAGAAAUUGAGAGUUUGGAUCACAGGCAACUGAGAGAGACGCAGGUGGAAGCAGAGAGACGCCGGGAGCGAAUCAAAUCCAAGAAAUGGCGGACAAGGCUGUUACCAUCAGGACAAGGAAGUUUAUGACUAAUCGUCUUCUCUCGAGGAAGCAAUUUGUCAUUGACGUUCUUCAUCCUGGAAGGGCAAAUGUCUCAAAGGCUGACUUGAAGGAGAAGUUGGCAAGAAUGUAUGAAGUAAAAGAUCCCAACGCUAUUUUUGUCUUCAAGUUCCGUACACACUUUGGAGGAGGGAAAUCUACUGGAUUUGGAUUGAUCUAUGACUCAGUUGAAAAUGCAAAGAAGUUUGAACCUAAAUAUAGACUCAUCAGGAAUGGAUUGGAUACCAAGGUAGAGAAGUCUAGGAAACAAAUGAAAGAACGCAAAAACAGAUCCAAAAAGAUACGCGGUGUUAAGAAGACAAAGGCCGGAGAUGCUGCUAAGGCAGGAAAGAAGAAGUAGUUUUCAUGCAUCUGAAGCCCUAAUGUUUACCUCUAUGUUUGAACUCUUCAGAGAGAUGGAUUUUGUUUUUUAAUGAUUUGAUUUGUGGACAAAUUGUAAGCUAAUCUUGGUAUUGUUUUAUACGGAGUAGCAUUUACCCACUUGAAAUGUCUCAUCUGAUAAAGCCCUUCUCCUCUCACUUUUCACUCCAUUCAUACAAUGAUCUCAACCGUUGGGCUCAGAUCUCCAAUGAUUUUGGUUUAAUGUUUCAAAUUUAGUAAACCGCAG